AUGGCUCAAACAAUGGAAACAGCACUCACAAUCAUCUACUUAAGAUCAACCACCUUAAAGCACAUCUUAUGGUACAGGGAAAGGCUGCAGACGAAAUAUGGCAAACCUGCGACAAACCCGCUGCUGGCAGUCGGUGGGGAUUUGAACCUGAGCUUCAGGGACUCCAGCGAGCGCCGCUCCGUUCUCCUGGAGGAGCAGAGGGGACCACAGAGCCGGUCCAGUCCGGGUCCCGGAAAGAGCAUCUCCAAAGAGAACGCCUGCUUCUCCAAGCUGAUGAGCCGAAAGCAGACCCGCAGAGAGCGCGUCUCCUCUCUGGAGGCCAAGCUGACGCAGCAUCCUCUGCUGAUGUUUCCACACUAUCAGGACCACAUGAGCCCAGAGGUGUUUGAUCAGGUGGUGUCUAUUCUGGAUCCAGAUGUGUGUGUAAAUAAGACCUGCACACCUUCUAAAGGCCACACAGACGAGAACCAUGAGACCAGGGAUGAAAGCACUGAAGAAAGGGGAAAAGGCAAGAGUGGACGAGGCAGACGCCCACAGGGCCGCGAGAAAACCAGACAGACUCAUCAGGAAAUGACGUGUCCCUCCCGGCGGAGACAUGUUGUGACAGCGUUAUAA